GUUUAAGCGCGAAAAAAAGGUCAUUCUGGUUAGCAGCCGAAAAAAACCGAAGCUAUUGCUGCUUGGGCGAAUGAGGUUUGAAUAAAGAUGGCAACUAUUAUCCAGGAGAGUCCUAGAGUUGGAAUCUCAUGUUCAAAUUCUGAUGCUGAUGAAGAAUUUUCUUAUCUACCAGAGAAGCUAAAGGAAAAACUGCUUCCUUUUCAGAAGAAAGGCGUUAUAUUUGCACUAGAAAGAAGUGGCAGGUGUAUGAUUGCAGAUGAGAUGGGUUUGGGGAAGACUAUCCAAGCAAUAGCUGUAUCAUACCACUAUAAAAAUGAAUGGCCUCUGUUAAUAGUGGUGCCCUCAUCCCUGAGGUACCCUUGGGUUGAUGAAAUGGAAAAAUGGAUUCCGGACCUCUGUCCAGAGGAUAUCAUCGUUGUACAAAAUAAAACUGACAUUUGGCAAAUACCUAAAAGCAAAGUGACUAUCCUGGGUUAUGGCCUCUUAACGUCAGAUGCUCAUGUUUUAAUAGAUACUUUAUGCAAACAGAAAUUCAAAGUAGUAAUAAUUGAUGAGUCCCAUUACAUGAAAUCCAGGAAUGCAGUUCGUAGCAAGAUUUUGCUGCCUAUUGUACAGAAUGCUAUUCGAGCUGUUCUCCUCACCGGAACUCCUGCUUUAGGAAGACCUGAAGAGCUUUUCAUGCAACUAGAAGCACUUUGUCCACAGAAAUUUGGCACAUGGACUGAGUAUGCAAAAAAAUACUGCAAUGCACAUGUCAGAUAUUUUGGUAAAAGACAACAGUGGGACUGCAGAGGAGCUUCAAAUUUAGAUGAACUGCAUGAAUUACUAAGCAACGUAAUGAUUAGGCGAAUGAAAAGUGAAGUUUUAACACAAUUGCCACCUAAAAUUAGGCAACGGAUACAUUUUGAUCUUCCUAAAAAUACUGCUAAAGAAUUAAAUACUAGCUUUGAAGAGUGGGAGAAGUUAAUGAGGGCUUCAAAUUUAGACUCUACUAAAGAUGACUUUGUCCAAGUGAUGAGUCUAAUUACACGUAUGUUUAAGCAGACUGCCAUUGCCAAGGCAGGUGCAGUAAAGGAUUAUAUUAAAAUGCUUCUGGAGAAUGAAGAACUGAAGUUUCUGGUCUUUGCUCACCAUUUAAGUAUGCUGCAGGCAUGUACAGAGGCAGUGAUUGAAAGCAAGGUUCGUUAUAUUCGGAUUGAUGGCAGUGUACCCUCAGCAGAACGAAUAAAUCUUGUAAAUCAGUUCCAAAAAGACCCAGAUACCAGAGUGGCUGUUUUAAGCAUUCAGGCUGCUGGCCAGGGUUUAACCUUCACUGCUGCCACUCAUGUUGUUUUUGCUGAACUGUAUUGGGACCCUGGCCAUAUAAAACAAGCAGAAGACAGAGCUCAUCGGAUAGGACAGAGUAACUCUGUGAAUAUCCAUUAUCUUAUUGCAAAUGGAACGUUAGACUCUAUAAUGUGGGCAAUGUUGAAUCGUAAGGCCAAAGUUACAGGUACCACAUUAAAUGGCAAGAAAGAAAAGUUACAGGCACCUGAAGGUGACAAAGAUAAAUGGAAUUUUUUGAAUUUUGCUGAAGCCUGGACCCCAAAUGAAGACCGAAAUGAAAUCAAGAAUGAGGUCUUAUUCACCCAUUUUGAAAAAGAGAAGCAACAUGAUAUUCGUGACUUCUUUUCGCCAAAACCAGAUAUGGAGAAAAAGCGAAAAAUUGAUUCCUGUUAUAAUACAUCUCCAUCCUUGAGUUCAAAUUCUUCCCAAGCCUCGGAGGAAAAAGAUCUGGAAAAUGGCAGAAACAUAGAUCCCCAGGGGCCAGAGGAUCUAGAUGAGAUUUGCAGAGAGGCAAAGAGACUAAGACCUGUAGAUCCAUCUACACCUAAGCUUGCUCCUAAUAGGCAGGGAAAGAGAAAAUGUUUGUUUAGAAAACGAAACAAUUCAUUUUCGGAAGAAGCUUCCCAGGACGAUGAGUGUAUCCUUUUACCUGAGUCAACGGAAGGAUUGGCCUCUGAAGUAACCUGGCCUUGCAGUCUUUGCACUUACAAUAACAGUUCAUUGCUACCUUAUUGUGAAGUGUGUGAAUCUCCUCGCAGAAAGAAUAUUAGGCAAAAGGAAAGUCAAAUUGGUUUUCCCUCUGCUGAAAGUAAAGAUGGAAAUGCAAUCAAACACAACAUACAACUUAAUGGCAUUGAGAUGACAAAGGAAGAAGCAAAUAAAAAAUUGGACUGCUGCAAGCAUGAACUCAAAGAAGAGUAUUCAAACAAUUCAGAAUCCAUCCUAACAUAUCAUAGUCUAAUGUUCUGUGCAAGUAGGAAUACUGACCGAAUUCAUGUCUACACAAAGGAUGGAGAGCCUCUCAAUUGCAAUUUCAUUCCACUUGAUAUAAAAGUAGGCAACUGGGAAGAUUUACCAGCGUGUUUUCAACAAAAACAGAACCGUACACUGAUACUGAGGUUUGUGAGAGAAUGGAAUACUCUGACAGCCAUGAGACAGAGAAUUAUCAGAAAAAGUGGCCAGAUUUUUUCUAAUCCUGUUCUCGCUGCUGAAGAAAUACUGUCUAAACAACAAGCCAAACUCACCAGUACCAAACGGUACAUGACAAAAGAAGACAUUGCCAGAGCUUCGCUAACAAAAGCUGACAGCAGUGGAGGUAGCGUUCGCAUAAUCACAAAAACAUCCAGAGAAGUUAUGAGAGCCCAUGGAUCCUCUGUUGGAAAAGAAGAUAACCAUUUUAUAAAGUUGCCUUCAGAAGAUGGGAGUUGCCCAGAUGCCAGUUUAGUUUCUGACCAGAUUGUUGCUGUUAAGGAAUUUUCAUCAAGCAAAGGCUAUCUACAGGCAGUCGAUAAUGAAGGGAACCCACUUUGCCUAAGCUGCCAAAAGCCAACAAUCCAAGUUGAGCCAACGUUGACAUAUACCGCCUGGGACACACGAUUUUGUUCUCUUAAAUGCCAGGAAGAUUUCUUCUUCUACACUAAUAAUAGUUACCUGAGAAGUAAAGUUUUUGAAAUAGAACAUGGGGUUUGCCAGUUAUGUAGGUUGAAUGCCCAAGAACUUUACCUUUGUGUCAGAGAUGCCCCAAGGAGUCAGCGCAAGGAUCUUUUGGAGAAGUCUUGGAUGUCCAAACUUCCUUUAAAACAGUUAAAUGAAAUUAUCCUGAACCCAACUGAGGGCCAUUUCUGGCAAGUGGAUCAUAUCAAGCCAGUUUUCAGUGGGGGUGGACAGUGUUCGCUUGAAAACUUCCAAACACUAUGCACAAUUUGUCACAAAGAGAGAACAGCAAAACAAGCAAAAGAAAGAAGCCAAGUUAAAAAACAAUGUGUUGCAUCAAAAUAUUCAUCAGACAUCACAAAGUUUUUUGUAAAAUUAUGAAAAGGUUUGAUGAAAUGGAUUUUUGUAAUACCUCUUAGUACAGCUCAUUAAGAAAACACCAUGUGGGAAAUGUUUAAAAAGCUACCUAUACAUGUUUUUUCCAUUCUAAAUUUCAAAUUUAGAAAAUGAAGAUUUCAUUUACAAAUUGUUAGCAAGGUUCAUGCAGUUAUUUAAAUCCUUGGUACUGCAGCAUUUGUAGUGCAUUUUUGUUAACAUCUGACCCACAACUGUGGAACUGAUUGAAGGGUAGGUUAUAAUUUGCAUAACAAUCCUUGCUGUUAAACAAAAGUAUCUUUUAUAAAAUUAAACAUGUACAUUAGUUCAUCUCAAAAUAAACUGGUAUUUUUACAUUAACUUUUUCCUAAUUUAUGUAGAUGGAAAAAUACAGAAACCAUUUUCGACAUAUUAAUGUAAAAAGCAAAACUGGCAAAAAAACGGGUUUUUUUGUGUGUGUGUGCACGCGCGUCCAUCAAGAUUAACAUUCAAACCUGAUAGUUGUCCACCAGGAUUUGGUAUCAUCUGAUGCAAGUAGAGGGGUAUGAUUGUUAUAUUAACUACCAAUAAUUUUCCUGACACAAUGCAGUAUCAUAAAGCAGAAUGAUUUAAAUAAGUACAUUAUUAGCCAGGCCACAAUGAAGUGAAUUUUAUUACAUAUAGUAUGUAAACAAUUUAAAUCCACUGAUUUAUUAUGUUUCUAAUCUACUCACUUUACAUGAGCAUAAAACUUAACAAGGCUGAAGAGCAGGAUUGCAUAAUUUAAUCUACACUUAAUAAUACACAGUUCUGUGAUAUUUUCAUUAUCAUUGUAAAGCGCUUUUUAAAAGAGGAAUGGAUGGCUAAGUAAAGAUAAGCAAUCCUCCAACAUCAAUAGGCAAGGGGCUGUCAUGGAAAAGAUAAUAAUCCCAUAAAUGUUAUGCAUAUGAAGACUUUUUCACAUAGGCAUUACUCUUAAAUAUUAUCUUCAUUUCCAGGAGACUGGAUAAACAUCUCUUUAAUGUACUUGCUUGGGUGAAAACGUUGCUGAGUGGUUGUUAAAAUCAGAAGAACGUUGUGUCGGAUGAGAAGGCACCUGCAAGUCGGAAAUCAUCUUUUG